AUGUACAGACGUAGUAGAUGCCACAUUGUGGGGGCAAAGACGGGGAAUUGCUGCCUCGUGCGCCAGGAAAAGACGUUGUGCUGUAUUUGUCACACGGCCUAUGCAACAAAUAAGACCAGUCAGCAGGUGCAACGGGCCAUUUUGCAGGUGCAUAGCUCUGUUCAAUCCCACAAUGGUAGACAGAAGCUACUUCCAGGGAGGAUGACUCUGGACAGAAGGAAAGCGAUGCUCGGCCGGGAGGUGCAAAGUCGAAGUCUGCCACGCUGCGCGGGCUCACCGAGGCGGCAGAAGAGCAACAAAGCUUACAGACCGCGCCAGAGGUUGCGAGGAGCGCGCAAUGCCUUGGUCCUACAGAUGCGGUCUCGACAGCAACUCUCGCAGUUCUCUCCUCCGCCUUUGAGGCCUAGAAGGGCAGAUUGCCGACUUGGAGCAAGCGCUGCAAGUGGACUCACCAGAGGCAAAGAAGAAGCAGGGAACUUGCUCUCGCAACUGCAAGCUGAGCUGCUGCUGGCACAGGCGGAAGGGGAGCUCCUUGGUGCCGAAGCAGCCGAGGAGCAUGGCCAUGCAACGCCAUUGCUGUCGCUGCAGGCAGAGGCGGAGGUGGCAAGCCUUGCUGCUGCGCUGUCGGAGCGCCAAGCUGAAGUUCGCAACCUGGAGGCUCGAAGGGCGCAGGCAGAAGAUAAUGUGCGGAUUGCGAGACAGCGUGUGGCCACUUUUGAAGUGUGGUCCCAUGCAGCUCAUGUCGAACUCCGCCAGGUGGCCACGGAAUUCGCAGCAGAAAGGGAGGCUGAGGCCAAAGCACGGCAGUGCGGCGCUGCGCUGCUCGGCCUCUUCAGCCGCCUGUGGCCCACGGAGGCGAGGGCUUGGAUCUGCCGCGGCCGAGGGUUCCAGAGGUUCCAGCAGACGCCGUCGCAAACAGGGUCUCCGUCAGCGGAUAUUCGUUGCCAACGCAUUCCACGCGGGAUGUUUUGCAAGAGCUCUGGUGCCGCAAGGCACGCUUCGAAUAAUGCUCUGCACGGUACCACCGCAGCAAGGCCUGUCAACCAGUUCCUCGGCACCAACAUUACGUUGACCAGCAUUCAAGCCGGAGCAACCGAAGGAGGCACCCUCUCGAACGAAGGCGGACUGAUUUGCGUCGACGAGUGGAUGCUGCGGCCGGGCCAGUUGUGCAGCUCUGGGGUGACGACCAUGAUGGAAGGAUAUGCGGCUGCUGUGGAGGCUUGCAAGGUUGGAUCUUCGAGCGAGCGGGCCGUGAACGCCUACGUUCAGUCCACUUACGAGGCUGCCAUGGCCCGGGCGGCCGAUGAGCUGCGCAGAAUCGGUGGCGAGCUCGCGUUGGCUCGCAGCGCUGAGGAGCGGCGUCUGGACCGCUUGCAGAGAUACCGGAAGGAGCUAGAAGACGAGCUGAAGGCAGUCGAGGAGGAUGUCAACACAAUAUCGAGGACGACUCAGGCAGCUUGGCUUCUGACCGGUGCCCUGGACACCCCCGAGAAGCUUGCAGAGGAACCUUGGGCCCGGCGGCGGCGGAGGCCAGACGUCGCGGCACAGCCGGAGUCCAAGCGUCUGCAGCUUCCCUGGAGUGAAGGAGUGUUCCGGCAAGGUGGCAAUGCAGUUCUGGAGGGCAAAGGACCCUUCUGA